AUGGCCGCCGCCAGCCUCAUCUCCAUCCUUUUCGCUGUCCUCGCCCUCCGGCUUUGCUACCUGCUCAUCCAUGCUCUGUUCCUCUCCCCCUCCGCCAUAUCCCCGCCCCCGCGCAAGGACUAUUCCACUUAUGGGGACAUCUACCUCUGCAAGCCCAACACAGUGUACCUGUGCGACCCCCACGAUACCUGUACGGUGCUCAGCUCGCACGCAUUUCGCAAAACGGACAUGUACCGGGUGUUUGAAUACGAGGGCAUCCCGAACGUCUCCACCUUUACUGAUCCGGCCGAGGCGCAGCGCCGUCGGCGACAACUGCACCCAUUCUUCAACAAUGCGUAUCUGACACAGAUGGAGCCAAUCAUGCUGCAAUACGGGGUCCAGGCUCUCAAAGCGCGCUGGGAUGCCCUGCUGGCGAACCGCAAGAAGGUGGAGGUGAAUUACCGGUACGAUACCCAACUGGCCAUGUUUGACAUCACUGGCGCGCUCGUGUUUGGGCGCGAGUUCCACGCCCUGGAGACUAGCAAUCUUGUCUAUACAAAAUGGGUCAACAAUACGCUGUCCUACAUGCUAGUGAGCCACUACUUCCCGUGGGUCAAGCGGGUCCCAUUGUCCUGGUUGGUGAGGGGUCUCAAACAGUCAUACGAUGACCUGGUGGCCUUUAGCCAGGAGUCGAUUGCCAUCCGCCAGGCAGACCUGCAGGCGGGGCGUCCGAAGCCAGCGGACCUGCUGCAGGCGCUCCUCGACGCGGAAGAUCCAGACUCCAAGGCCCCUAUGACCGCGCGCGAGGUGCAGGCGGAGAGCAUCGCCAUGCUGGUUGGAGGCAGCGAGUCGACCUCCUCUGUUAUCUCCUGGGUGAUUCACUUUCUCCUGCUCUACCCGGAGCAUCUCCAAGCGGUUGUGGCCGAGACUCGCGCCAACUUCGCCGCGGAUCACAUCAUCACAUUCAACGAGAGCAAGGCCAAACUCCCCUAUCUCGAGGCCUGCAUCUAUGAGACUCUGCGUUACCAGCCCAUCACCCUGAAGGGUUACUACAUCCCUGCGGGCACAGAAAUCGCCACUAACAAGUGCGCGGCCCAUCUGCACCGGCCCUCCUGGGAGGAUCCAGACCGGUUUUAUCCUCCGCGUUUCCUCAAACAGGAGACAUACCACGAAACCCGGCGGAAUAUGCUCUCGUUUGCGUACGGAACGCGGUUCUGCAUUGGCCGGAAUCUGGCCUGGGCGGUGAUGAUGGUGACGCUAGCCAAUCUAUUCAAGGAUUACGAGGUGGAGUUACCUGAGGAUAGUCACUUUGGGCCCACUAUCAUAAUGCCCACGAAGAUGGGGGUGGCCACCAUGCCUGCAGAUCCUGAGAGGGAUUGUCGAAUGGUAUUGUCGGCGAGAAUUACAGAGUGA